CGCUGUGGGUGUGUAACUAACACUGUCUCCAUUCCACAGAAUCAACUACUCACAUUAAAACUGGCCAUGCCAGCCCAGCACUGUAGCUAGUCAUCAUUAUUAUUCCUAUCGGCUACUUUGAACCAAGGACUACUGGACUAAUUCUGUUUGCUGGUCGUUUAUCGUCUGGUUUGACCUGCUUAUCCACUAAAGUCCUGAACAGGAUUUGCGGUCCGUCAAUGAGGAACUACAGGCUCAUCUUCUGCCACAACCUAAAGCAACCAUAGAUGAAGAAUUUGUUUACUUCUAGUGAGUGGAGCAGGAGAUAAAGUGAACUUCUGGGCAUUUGUACAACAAGACGGACUGAAGCAGCUUGGCUGUGGAGGCGAUGAGGAAGAGCCUCAAUACUUCCCUCAGCGACUCCCUCAGCACGGCCAGAGUGUUCGGGAUCCCCCUGGAGGAGGUGCAGCACAGCGGGCAGCCAGGAAAUGAGGUCCCCCUGCUGGUCAGGAGCAUCGUCGAGUACAUUGAAGAACACGGAGGGCUGCACCUGGGUCUAUUUCUAGUGAACGGGAACGCAGAACGUGUGGAAUGGCUCAGGCAGCGAUACGACAGUGGUGUUGAAGUCAACCUGGAGAAGGAGGCCGACCUGGCGUCAGCCGUCAGCCUGCUACGCCUCUUCCUGCAGGAGCUCCCCGAGCCCGUCAUCCCUGCAGGCUUACAGGCGCAAAUAUUGCAGCUUUAUCAAGACUACAGCAGUGAGGAAGAGCUGGGCAGAAACAUGAAGUACUUUCUUCAACAGCUGCCACAGGUCAAUUACAGCUUGCUCCGCUUUCUCUGCCGAUUUCUGUCUGGUGUGGCGUCUCUUCAGGAGGAGAGCUGGAGCAUAGGAGCUCUCGCUGCCGUCUUCGGCCCAGACAUUUUCCAUUUAGACACGGAUGCGGAGGAUCUGAGAGAGCAGGAGUCGGUCAGCCGUAUUCUGGCAGAACUGCUGGAGAACCAGGAGGAGUUCUUUGACUCAGAGGACGAGGACAUUUCCAACACCAAUGACUACAGCUCCAUUAAUGACCAGAUCACUGAGCUCCUGGAGGAAGAGAAGUCGGAGGCUUGUGAGGAGCUCCCACGGGACAGAGAGGACGGUCCCUCCCUGUCCCCUAAACAUGCCCAUGUCGCCCCCUCCUCCAGUUCGCACAUUUCUUCCAUCAGCAUUCUUCCAGGAUCUGCCGCUAUAAUACAGAGGAGCAUCUGUGCUGCAGUGGAACAGCACUUGUUGGGCUUACAGACGUCUAUUGACAAGGAGCUCAGCUGCUAUGAGAGUCAAGUGUUGGACUCCCAGCCCUUCCGGGGAAACAGCCCUACUCAGAAGACAGCAGGGCCUGAGGAGCAUGAAGAUGUCCAGUCUGAAUCUGAAGAAGAGACCGAGACUCUCCCGGAGGUUACAGAGGAGAGCCUGCCGUCAGAGAAUAGCGAGGAACCUCAAGGCUCUCAGCUCAGCAGCCCCGUCAUGGAAGAAAGUUCUGGGAUGGACCUUGACACGGAGACUCGCAUAGAUGCUGAGAAUCUCAGCACAGAAAGACAGGAGAACUACCCAGACUAUGAGCUGAUGGACCAGGCUGAUGUUAUCCCCCAUGAGCACCUGAAUGCUAAUAAUAAUGAGUCCACAGAUCCAAACAGCAGCCUUCUGUCUUUGACCGGACGCAUUCUCUCAGACAGUGAACAAGAAGAAUCAUGCCCCAUCAAUGUCCCACCCAUUGACUUCACAUGUAUGCACCUGCAGAGAGAAGGGAGCGACCCUGUGCCGGUGUUCAUGUCAUGGCAAGAGGAGACCGAAUCAGGAGAGGCCCAGUUGUCUCCGCUGGCAGGCCGCAUGAUGCCCCUGCCGCUAGAGGACGAUACUCAGCCACUUCUGGCCCGACGCUUCCUGGACUUUGGCCACAGUCAGCGGUUCUUGCAGAAGGACCAUGAUGCUUCAUCCUCCACCAAAACUUUGCCCUGUGGGAGGCCUCGCCGUGCUUCCCUCACUUCCAAAGACAGUCUGAAGGGAGACAACGUCUCCCACCAGCUCACCAAGAAACUCCAGAACCUCAAGAAGAAGAUCAAGCAGUUUGAGGAACAGUUUGAAAAAGAGAGAAACUAUAAGCCGUCUCAUGCUGAAAAGGCAGCUGAUCCGAAGGUGCUGAAGUGGAUGACUGAUCUGACCAAAAUCCGCAAGCAGCUCAAAGGACGACAGCAGCACCUCUUACCCAAAGGUUUCCUGAGGCACCAGGCCGUGCUUCAGUCAUACAGAUGCCACUCGUCCUCUUCCUCCGUCCCGAACACACCCCAUUUUACACUGUCACGCCCCCUCAAUGCCUCUAGACAGGCGCCCCACUCCUAUGCCAAACACAAGGCUGAGAUUGAGCUGACACCACAGACGCGUCCACGCAGUAACACUCUACCCAAGAGCUUUGGAUCCACGCUGGAUCAGUCGGUUCACGAGGACCCCGUGGAGAGCGAGGCACGGAGUCACCAGCCCACAAGAGAAGAAACGCUGGAGCUCAUUCAACACUGCAUCCAAACCAAGAGAGCUGAGGACGGCUGGCCAGAGGACGUCAGAAAAAUGACCAAGGAGCAGCUUGCAGAUGAGAAAACAGUAAUGCAGAAGAAUCUUCUGUACUAUGAGGGACUUCAUGGACGCCCAGUGACCCGAGAGGAGCGCUUGAUCGUGAAACCCUUGUAUGACAGAUAUCGUCUGGUCAAGCAGAUGCUCACUCGUGUCAGCAUCACCCCUAUCACAACUUCUCCCUCCAGCAAACGACGCAAUCAGAUGCUACAACCCAUCAUCGAGGGCGAAACUGCCCACUUCUGUGGUGAGAUCGAAGAAGAGGAGGAGGAGGAGGGCAGGGGCCAGCAGGAAAACACAGAGAUGCAGACAAGCGAGGGUUCGGAAAUCAUCAUGGACCCAGUAGCCCAGCCCACUCAGGAGAACAUCCUCAGCUCUGGGAAGCUCAAUCUCGAUCUGCGCCUGUCCAGUUCUAACGCCUCCUCAAUGCCCGAGCUCCUGGAGCAGCUGUGGAAGGCCAGAGCAGAGAAGAAGAAACUGAGGAGGAGCAUCAGAGAGUUUGAAGAAGAGUUCUACCAACAGAAUGGCAGGAAUGCUCAGAAGGAAGACCGCGUGCCUAUGAUGGACGAAUACAAAGAGUACAAGCGCAUUAAAGCCAAACUGCGGCUUCUGGAGGUCCUCAUCAGUAAGCAGGAUUCAUCCAAGUCCAUCUAAAGCAUCAGACAUGGCCUGCAGCAUCAACAUCCACCGCCGUCCCUCCUCACUCAACCACUGGAGAAGAAGAAGAAAAGCCUGUACUCCAUCAUCCAAAAAUUCACCUUGAG